UCCGACCAUCCUUGUCACAUUUUCCACUGCCCAUGUCCCUUAGAACAUGGAGGAAAUUAUGGCAUUUCCCCCUUCUUAAACUCUCAUUCUCUCUCUCUCAUCUCAAACACCAUAAAAGCCCUCAUUGAACAACAGACACUUCCUAGUUCUUGAAGCAACAAAACCAUAAAUCCCAAGUGAGAAAACACGGCAACAUAAAAAGAAACAAAGACCACCUCAAUCAUUGUGGUCGAAUCCAACCAAAGGAAAUCUAUCCAUUAUUUACAAUACUUUGCCUCUCUUGGUCAUCACCCUUUUACAUGUUUUAAGGAGAAAAGAUUCUCAUCCUUAAAAAAGCUUUUCCUUGAAGCUGAAAGUUGAGGUAAGAGUUAUAAAGAGAUGGAGAUUGAAUCAGUCAAGUGUGAAUGUUGUGGCUUGAAAGAGGAUUGCACCCAAGACUAUAUCAGUGAUGUGAAGGCCAAGUUUGAUGGAAAAUGGUUAUGUGGCUUGUGCUCAGAAGCAGUUAGAGAUGAAGUAAGUGGAGGGAAAAAGCCAUCAGCCAUGGAUGAAGCUGUGAAAGCUCACAUGUCAUUCUGUCGCAAGUUCAAAUCAAACCCUGCAGUUCGAGUCGCAGAUGGUAUGAGACAGAUGCUAAGGAGAAGAUCAGGUGAUUUGUCAACAUCUCCAUCUUCAUCAAAGAAGUAUACAAGGUCAACCAGCACUUGUCAAGUUGGGGAUUCUUCUAGUUUCUCAUUCUAAACAGAGGAAUUUGCAAGGUGGGAACAAGGCAGGGGAGACUCUGCUUUGGUUGGAAUAAAAGUUCAUAGUUUUUAGCUUUUUUGGUUAAGCUUUUUCAUCUUGUCAUGUACAGGGAGUGUUAUUUCAGAUAAAGGGUCUUUUCUUCUGCUUUUUUUUCUUUUUUUUCUUCCUAAACUGAUCCCUAGUUUGGUAUCUCUA